AUACUUCAUCAAAGUUCGUUAAAAUUGAAAGUUGGAUGGCAAAUUUGUAAUGACUCCAAAGUUUAAUCGCCAUUUAGACAAUUGUUGAUCCUAGUAGUCGUAGGGCCGUCGCAGGCUACGUGGCCGUUUCAAUCUUGUGCAUUCGGCAACCAGAAACCCUAAUAGGAUUAGUGAAGAAGAAGAAGAAAUCGUCCGGCGGCCGCCAUCCUCACUUUGCAAGUUCGUUCUGUAUUUUUGUGCGAAUCGUAGAAAAUUCCCAACAAAAGCAGCAGAAGAGCGAGAGAUAGAUAAACCUAAUGCCGAUCGAGAGUUACGUGGUGGUGCACAACAUAGCCAAGAGGCACAACGUCGGGACUCUGGCCCGGAGCGCGACGGCGUUCGGCGUCACGGAGCUCAUACUCGUCGGCCGCCGCGACUUCAACUCCUUCGGCAGCCAUGGCUCCACCUCCCACGUCCGAUUCCGCCACUUCCAUUCCCUCCUCGAAGCUCGCCAAUUCCUCAAGGAGAAAGAUUGUGAUAUAUGUGGAGUGGAGAUAACAGAGGGAGCUCUCCCUGUGAAUCAACAUCCUUUCAAGAAGAGCACAGCUUUUCUAAUGGGUAAUGAGGGGACUGGACUUUCUGCUAGAGAAUGUGAGAUCUGCGAUUUCUUUGUUUACAUUCCACAGUAUGGAUGUGGGACUGCCUCAUUGAAUGUUACUGUGGCUGCUUCCAUUGUUCUUCACAAUUUUGGAGUUUGGGCGGGAUUUUCUGAGCGGAGCCGAGAUGGGAACAAGUUUGUUGUAGCUGAGAGACCCAAGAAGCAAGUGAGAUACAGUGCUGAAACGGAAGAAGCAAUCGUGGAAGAGAGGAAGUGCAAAAGGGAGAAUGCAGCUAACGGUGGGUUCUUUGAGGUGGAGGAAGGUGGGAAGGGAGAUUCGUCGUCUACAGCAGCAGCUAACCUUCUUGAUGCCUUGUUUAUAGACGACUGAAGUGAUUACUGAAUGCACUGGAUUUCCAGCAUGGCAGAGGCUUCAAGGAGGACUGAAUUAUCCUCUGACCUCCACAAGUCAGUGCCUUGUUGCGGAGAAGAUUGGUUUCCAGACACCAUGGGAGGAAAGUCUAGCAUACUUGUUUUAUCUGUAGGGAAAACCAGUUAGUGGCGGAUCCUUUGAUGAAUUCUAGCACCCUAAACAGCUCAGAGGAAUUGCAGCUGAUGGAGCCAAGAAGUUGAUGAUUAAGUUGAGGAUAGAAUCCCACAUGGCCCAGGUUUUACACGUUCAAGUCAAAUGCUACCCCAUUUCCUAUGUGUUAUUGUUUCAAAGGCUUAAACAUUCUUCUUGUACACUUACUCCACAAAGUAAGCCUAACCUUUGACUUGAAUGUCGUUUCUGAAGCCUAUUAUUGGUCCCAUUCGAGUUUGAUUAUCCACCCAUUGUAUGUCAAAGUUAGGCCAACUGCCCUGCUCCAUAUGGCACCAUAAAGAAAGGGCAGAAACUGCAACAACGAUGUAUGAAAGGUAUACUUUAAAUAUAUAUCAGAGGUAUCA